AUGGAACCCCCCCACAUGCCCUCCCCCAUCGCACCCGUCGUCCCGCUCGCUGCGCCACCGUCCCCGCCCAGCCCGUCGCUCCCCGUGUCCCCGCUCCUGGUGGUGGCGAUGGGGCUGCCAGGCGCGGGCAAGAGCACGCUGUGCGCCGCCCUCGCGCAACUUGCGCGGCAGGCAGGCGCGCAUACGACCCUCGUGUCGUUCGACAGCUAUGCGCGUGGCGGAGGCAACGAGGGGAGCGUGGGGCAGGAGGGGAGUGCGGAGGAGCAGGGGAGUGAGGUGGAGGAGGGGAGUGUGGGGGAGGAGGGGAGUGCGGAGGAGCAGGGGAGUGUGGUGGAGGAGGGGAGUGCGGAGGAGCAGGGGAGUGUGGUGGAUGAGGGGAGUGUGGUGGAGGAGGGGAGUGUGGUGGAGGAGGGGAGUGUGGGGGAGAAGGGGAGUGUGGUGGAGGGGAGUGUGGUGGAGGAGGGGAGUGUGGGGGAGGAAGGGAAUGUGGGCGGUGUUGCAGUUCCUGACACGUGUGCUGCUGCUUUCAGUCAUGAUGAGUGGAAGGCCAGUCGUGUCACGGCACUCGCAGCACUCACUGCAGCCCUCAAACGUGCCACCCAGGGGGGCCGUGAGGGUGCUGCUGCUGCUUGGGCAAGUGCCGCAGAGACAGCAGCAGAGACAGCAGCAGCAGCCAAGCCAGCAGCAGCGGCGGCGUGGGUGCAUGCGCGUGCAGCACCGACACACAUGGUGAUUGCAGACGACACCAUGCAUCUGCGCUCCAUGCGCCUGCAGCUGCUGCGACUCGCUCACUCAUAUGGUGCCACGUGUCUCAUCCUCCACGUCACCACGCCCUUAGACCAGUGCAUAACCCGCAAUGCAUGUCGCCCUCCCGCCGCCCGCCUGCCGUCCGCCGUGAUCCGCCGCAAGGCCGCCCGCCUUGAGCCUCCCCGGGGGCUCCCUGUGGUGACU